AUGGAUCCAGAAGAAGUUAUCCCUCUGACUGAUGCCUCUGAGAUCCUUGAUGGCAGUUUUGAAAACCUUAACACUGAAGAAGUUGCAGCACUCGAUCUAACUUCCGACUUGCUAGAUGUAGAAGAAGUCAAUGAUCCCGUACUCCCCGAUUUAGAAGACUCGGUCAUUGAUGAUGGUGUAGUAGAUUUAGCUGAUUUAUCUGACGAUAUUGUUGCCGAUUUGGCCGACUUACCUGAUGAAACCAUUCCAGAUGUAAAUGUUGAGGGAUCUUCAGAAUUAGUAGAUAUUGCUGAAACCGUAGAAACCCCAGAAAAUCUAGAAAAUAUAGAAAAUCCAGGAAAUCCCGAAGAACCCAUCUUACCACCACCUGAUCUGAGUGAAAUGUUCAGUGAAGAAUCCAUUAGGAAAUUAAGGGAAGCCAUUGAAAACUCCCCAUGCUACCAACGUAGAUUAGCUGCCUACAAACAACAACAGGAAAGACUUGGAAAGUCCGUCGAUAUCAGCCCAUCCUCACCAAUGAUAUCUCCAUUAUACAAGUUACAAUUCUUUGGGAGCUAUGUCAAUGGAAUGCUUCAAUUAGUACGAAACAACUACUUAUUGUUGUUACUUAUUGCAAUGUUAAUAAUCAACGGUGUUAUGUUUUAUAGCUACUUCAAAGGUGUCUCAGACCAAAAAAAACAAGGCAAGGAAGAAAAAGUCAAAAAAGAAAUAAAAAAAAAAUCUGAGAAAGCGAAAAAAGAAACCAUUUCAAAAAAAAAGUAG